AUGCUCGCCCUACUGUCAUGGCGGUACGGCCGCUUCCUGCCCCUCGCCGUCCUCAUCUUUCUCGGCAGCAUAUUCGUCCUCAUCGACAGCUCGGCCUCCUCAGAAUCCACCCUGCCCAGAGCAUCAAUAUACGACUAUACAUCCCCUGCCACCCACUGCUUCUGGCCCGCCGACAACUCCAGUAGAGCAGGUGCUGCGAGUGCGCAGCUGAAAGGGGCAGCAGGGAAAGGAACUGUCGGAAAAGUGAAGCAGUGGAUGGGCUGGCAAGACGGAGACGAGGUGGACGAGGACGUGGCAGAAAUGGAGGAUACGCCAGAGGGACAUGGGUUUGCCUGGGACGGCCAAUUACCGGAUGUCGUGCCCGUCAGCGGCAUCGAACGGUACAUGAUUGCCCAUAUCGAGGAGCUUCAAAGUGGCUACGAUGCGGAGCACGACUUUAAAGAAUACGGGCUGAAGCCUGGGAAUAUCUCUCUAUCAGCGUAUACUUCCGAGCUCUUGCAGACAUACAGAGAAUUCCUGGUUCCUCCUGGUACACCGCCCCCAGUCCCGCCCCCGGCCUUCCUCCCUGCGGCGCUUUCCCGUUUGUCCCUCAGACCUCCUAUUGCGCCUCUGCCUCCCAGGCCAAACCAUGUCAUGACCACUGAAAAGUCGGUCGACGAUCUUCCUUGGCAGUUCAAGAGGUGGAAGGAGAUCAUGCCAGAUUGGGAGAUCAAGUAUUUCGAUGACAAGGCUCUGAAAGAUUGGGUCAAUGGGAUGUUUGGUAAUACCAAGGCUUCAAAGAUCUGGGAGACCCUUCCAAGGCAGGUCCUCAAAACAGACGUUUUCAGAUACAUGGCCAUGUUGGUUGAAGGAGGCAUCUAUACCGACAGUGACAGUAUGUCCAUCUUACUGAUGUCUACUUCCCAAAUACUGACUUCCUUGCUAGCUGCUCCCAUCAUUCAUGCCGACCAAUGGGGCCACCCAUACAACCACAAGACGUCCCCGCUCCUCACCCACCUCGCCCGUAUACUAUCCAUCUCCACCUCCCCCCACCUGCCCUCGUCUCACCCUCUUUCGUCUUUCUCUCCCGAGCACGCUAGUGACAAUGUCGAUGAAGAGCUCGGCGCAAACCUGCCCAGUGGCAAGUCGGCCAUCUACGACGGUCCUCUUGUGGAUGAUGGCGCCGAGCUCGGUCCUCCUUCUUUGGUCGUCAGUGUUGAAUCAGACGCCGUUGAAUUUGGAUGGAAGAACUGGCGAGAGGUCGGUUUGAGCCGAGCUGUGCAGAUCACUCAGUGGACAUUCAUGGCGCGCCCGGGACAUCCCGUCUUUCUCGAUGCCUUGGGUCGAACCCUACGCAAGUCUGAGGAGAUGGCUGCCAAGGUGGCGGAAGCAAAGAAGACGGGUGAAGAGUUUAUCCCAGAGACAGCUCUGGAGUGGACAGGACCAGGAGUUUUCUCUGACUGUGUAUACCGCUACUUGAUAUCCAGAUACGGCUUCAAACCGGACGAUCUCAUCCACACAAAAGAUCCCAUACGCGUUGGAGAUGUCUUGAUCCUACCGGCUGGGUCAUAUUCCAGUGUCAGUCCUUUCGGCGACGAGAAGCAGAGGAAUUGGGCUGCAAGCUGGCACGGCUUUUUCGGUCGAUGGCGAGGAGCUGAUCCAGCGGUUCAAGAGUUUGAAAGACUCAAAAAGCUAAAGAAGGAGGCCGAAGAAGCGGAGAAGAAGGCCAAGGAAGAAGUAGCAGAAGCGGAGAAGAAGGCGCAAGAAGCGACGGAUAGGGCGAAGGCUGUCGAGGCCGAAGAACAGACCGUCAAGGAAGUUGCGAGCGAGGGCGACGGGCAAGAAGAUCAGGAGAGUUCGGAGAUGAAGAAGGAAGAGGAGAUGUUGGCGAAAGAAACCUCGAGAAGCGUCCGGGACGAUUAA